CUUGUCGAGGAGAUGAGGAUUAGUCUAAACUAGACUAACCUAGAUCAAAACAUGAGAUGGCCCUGGACUAAUGCUUACUGCCUCUGCCGCAGAUCAAUCAGGCAAAACUCUAGUAUUAUACAUCAUGACCCUUGAUACACAAUCACGGUAAAUUUACCUAAUAUCGCGCGCCAUCUUUUUUCUGUCCUUUUCUUUUUUCCCCCUCCCUCCUUUCCUCUGGUACUCUCGUUACCCUAUUCCCGGUCUUUCUCUUUACCAUUUCAUUCUUUCUGCAGGUCAGCUACUCUGGAUAGUAGAUUCUUUCGUUUCAUUAUAACUUAUCCUAUCCGUUCAUUUUAAUUUUCCAGUCAACUCGAAAGUCUGAAGUUUGAAACCGUUCUGUUAGUAAACAUAAUGAAGUCAUUUUAUUUUUCAGCAGGUCUGGCGGUUAUUGGUGUAGAGCUGGUCUCGGCAAAACACUUGCCACGAGCAGAUGCCAUCCAGGGGCUCAGACAGUUACCAGGUGCUCAGGGUGUCGUUAUCAACGGCGAAGAGGCCAAUACAGCUUCUGAAUUGAAAUCGAUCCCCGGAAGCGCCGUCGAGGUCGCGAGUCUGCAACCUUUGGUAUCUGUGUCAAGCUCAGCAGCCGCAGAGACUGGAGCAUUGCAGGCCACUGCAACCAGCACUUCAAGCACUAUUCAAGUAGUCGAGACUGGAGCAUCGCAGGCCACUGCAACCAGCACUUCAAGCACUGUUCAGGUAGUCGAGACCAGACUCACUUCAACUUCGGCUGUUGGUACUAUCGUUAGCACUGCGUCUUCUGCUGCGCUCCAAGGCUUCUUAACAAUUACCCCCAGCGCCAGCAGCGCCUCUCAAGCUACGUCCGUGUCUGAAGUUGCCCAAAUAUCAAGCUCUAGUGUCGCCAUCACUGGGCUCUCCAGCUCUACUUCAGCCUCUGCUCAAGGUUUCCAGACCAUAAUUGAAACAGCGAGCGCCGCGAUCGGCGCACCUUUGAACGAAACCAUUACAUCAGCCGUCUUGACAUCAGGUUCCUUGGCAGCGUUGGAGAGCUUGACAGCAGCUCCUAAUGCUACUGCGGUGCUCACCUCCCUUGGUGGCGGCGAAGCUGUGACAGCAACGGCCACAGCAGUGGAUGCAGUCGGAUCAGGCGGUGCCCUAGCAGCGCUUCCCGGAUCACCAGUCACGACUGGUUCCCUACAACCGUUGGGUGGUGCUGAGGGCGCAUCGGCCACUGGUUUCAAUUCCUUCAACGGUACUGGAAGUGCUGCCGCAACGUCUAGUGCUGGUACCACAGAAGUCACGGGACCAGGCGGUUCUACAAGCAAUGGUUCGAGCAAUGGUUCGAGCAAUGGUGGCUCGAGCGAUGGCGGCUCGAGCAAUGGCGGCUCGAGCAAUAGUGGUUCGAGCAAUAGUGGUUCGAAUAGUAGUGGUUCAGAAAGUAGUGUUUCAUCUGGCAAUGAAUCCGACGGCAGUGGUUCAGGAAGCGAGAACACCACAUCCUUGAAGCCUCUGGGUGGUACCGAAACGGCUACUUCGCUGCAGGCGUUGAGCAGUGCCACGGGUCUUGUCGAAGCAACAGGGACGCUGGCGACUGCAGUGCGGACUGGCAGAAAUUCUACCGCUGGAGUCGCUUCUGCAACGAAUGCUUUCAGCUCGACCACGAGCGUCGCGACCAUUUCGCCCAACGCAGCUGAUGGUCCGGUGAUGCCGUUAACAUUUGUUGGAGGUCUUACUGGAUUCAUUGCAUUUUUGCUACUGUAACCUGACCGAAAGCCGCAGCAGGAAUGCGUAGGGUAACAGAUCCAUAAGAACAGUUCGGACCCUUGAGUAUGUAGCUCCCGCUAAAGAAUUCCUCGAUGCGAGAUUAUCCGACCAGACCAGCUCCUGGUGGGAGCAGAGUAUACGUGGUGAUAGCUAGCGUUGUAGCAUC